AUGCUCAAGGACUACUACGCCAUCCUCGACGUCUCGCAGAAUGCCUCGCUCGCAGAGAUCAAGCAGCAGUACCAGCGUCUCCUCCUAAUCCAUCACCCGGACAAGCAGCUUCAACAGCAGACUGUACCGAUUAAUGGGACUGCAGGGCUGAAAUUGAUCCCACUUCAGGAUAUCAAGGAAGCAUGGGAGUGCCUUCGUGAACCCAACCACCGUGCCUUCUAUGACUCGUCUCUCCAAGCUACGAGACUCCACGCCAAUGGCCAGGUGCACGACGACAUUGAUCUGGACGACAUGGACUUUGACGAAGAAGCAGGAAGUUAUACGUCGCCGUGUCGAUGCAGCGGAGAGUACAUCAUCUUGGAAGACGAGCUGGAGCUGGGCGUCGACACCGUCGUCUGCUCGACCUGCUCGCUCAUCGUCAGGAUCCACUAUGAGGCAGCCGAUGACGAUGAGGAUGAUGAUACUAACUGA